CACUGCACAAAUAAUAAUAAUAAUAAUAAUAAUAAUCAAAACGCACCCAUGUUCCUGGUGACACAAUAUCAACUCCAAAACUCGUCUAAAACUAUGCUCAAGUUUUAAAAAUUUCUAAUAUACACAACACAAUUCAUAAAAAAAGAUAAACUCGCAACAUGCAACGUGGUGCCAGUGAGGAACGUAUAACCAGUGCUAAUUCCAGCCCAAGACAUAGCAACAAAUAUCCGGGAUCAGCGUUAUUAGGCCUGCUCACAAAGCGUUCGACAAAAGUUGAACCUCAUCCCGCCGUAGAAGUUGAGCACAAUGAAAAACACGCUGUAGGCAACAGUAGCAGUCAUCAACCGAACAGUGGAAAUCAUGACACCUCCUUUGCUAAAUGCACUCCGGAUAAGAAAUCACCCCUAAUGAAUGAUCACAAUCAUGUGAGCAGACCAAAUCCUAGAAGUCAAACAUUACCCAAUAAUGCCACUCCAAAUGACAUGCUAAGGGGGACACACUUCAUAGAGAAGUCUCAGAGCAGUGGCAUUAUAAAUUUGCAUCGUAAAGUGAAGGUGGGUAAAAAUAAAAAUCACAUACAUCGUCAUAGUACCGAUGGUUCGCAAAGUGAUGGCGGCAUUGCCACUGGAAUUGAAGUCAUGCUGAGGAAGACCCCCAAAAAUCGUUCUCCAAACCAUAAUCGUUUUAGUCAUCAGUUCAGUUUGUGUUGUAAGGCGGAAAAGAAACCUGUUACCCCACCGGUAACAGUACGCUAUAACUCCAUUCCAGAUGGCCAAAAUCAAACCGUUAAGAAAGACAACAUGUCGCUGAGUUGGAUUACGCCGGAUAAUACUUCGCUGUCUAUUGGUUCAGCCAUCUCUAAUCCAACGGCCUGUCUGCAGCCAACUUUUGUGGCCGUACCGGCGGCUGCUCUGACGGAGUGUGCCAGUGCUCCACAGAGUCCGGUAACUGGGAAAUCCAUGAUGUUUCCAAAUGUUGACUCCUCCUAUGGUUCACCUUCCAAUACCUCGCUAAAAAGCAAUCAAAGUGAUACACCUAAUGGUGCUAAUAACUCUUCAGGCAGUGGUCCCAUACGGCCCAUAGCCAUUUCAGCCUGUCGUUCUCGCCUAAGACUUAAACUAUAUCCUCCUGGCAAGGAAUUGCCACCAUUUGCUGCUGAAUUUCCUGCUGCAGAAGAAGGAGCUGUGUCAGAUAUCAAGAGGGCCACUACGCCCCAACAUAUGUCUUCUCCCAACAUUGCAAGUCAGACAGAGAUAACGGGCUCUGUUGCUCAUGAGCCAGACUCGCAAUCCAUUCGCUUUAUGUCUCAUGAAAAUAUACAAAUGCAACGCCAGAGCUCUAGUUCGGGUUUAGCGCGUCAUGCUCUUAUGGCAGCCCAAGUUUUAAGUUUAAUACCAACGGAUCAGGCAAGAGAGAGGAGUUAUUUGGAUGGACGUUUAGGUUCUUCUUCCUUGUUGGGCCCCAGUGAAUUGAUCAAAGUUAUACCCAACAAGGAAGUGACUAUAUUUGUGGGUACCUGGAACAUGAAUGGCCAAAGUCCGCCCAAGGAAAUGAACGAUUUCGUGCUGCCCGCAAAUAUUGAGCAUGUACCCGACAUUGUUGCCAUUGGCACUCAGGAAUCCAGUCCAGAUCGUUUUGAAUGGGAAGUUACUAUACAAGAAACCUUGGGACCAUCACAUGUUCUCUUCCACUCCACAGUAUUGGGUACACUGCAUUUGGCUGUGUAUAUGAGGCGAGAUUUGAUAUGGUACUGUUCGGCUCCCGAAGAUGCCAAUUUGUCGGUGAGAACUGGUUCAGCGUUUCGCACAAAAGGAGCCGUGGCCAUUUCAUUUUGUCUCUUCGGCACCUCAAUGCUUUUUGUCACCUCGCAUUUAACAGCUCAUCAGCAAAAAGUCAAAGAAAGAGUAUCAGAUGUUAAGAGAAUUAUACAUGCUCUCGACUUGCCAAAGAAUCUUAAUUUAAGACAUAAAAAUAAGGAUGUCACCCAGAAUUUCGAUAAUGUAUUCUGGUGUGGAGAUUUAAAUUUUCGUUUGAGUGAGCCGAGAGAAAAACUCUUGGAAUGGAUUGAGAACACCAAAUUCCCACUCCCCUCACAUUUACCACAUGGCUAUAUGCAUACCGAUCAGCUGUCGUCGGUGUUGGCAGAUGGUGCAGCAUUUCGGGGGUUUAUGGAGGCUAAUAUAACAUUUCCUCCCACCUAUAAGUACGAUCCUGGUACACAGCACUUUGAUACCUCUUCGAAACAACGUGCUCCCGCUUAUACCGAUCGCAUUUUAUAUAAAUAUCGUCAAGCUCAGGGUUUAAUGAUGAGACGCCAAAGUACAAUACCAGGCAUGCCAUCGCCCUCGCAACCGUUGGUCCAGUGCUUAUUAUACGAUUCGGUGCCGUCCAUUACCACAUCGGACCAUAAACCGGUUUGGGCUUUAUUUAAGACUAUUAUUAGAGCGGGUACAGAUUCCAUUCCAUUGGCAGCUGGACUUUUUUGUCGUGAUAUUUAUUUGGAGGGUAUGAAACGUAGAUUAAAUAAUCAAUAUACAGGCUCUUCGGCCGUUUGUUCUAUACAAUAAUUUUUCUUAAUUAACGCACAAUUUUCAAAACCCAUUACCGUAGACGUGUAGCUGGGAUUUAGCAAUGUAAUUUUAACAAAUAGAGGCUUUAAUUUUGGUAUUUUGUGUGGGUUUUUAUGCAAAUUUCUUUAGAAAUUAUUUAAUUUCGUUAAAGCGUAUAAAUAUGUAGUUGAGAUCAAAAUCAUACUGUAAAGAUAGGCAUUCAUGUUUUAAAAGAUGAAAAGCAAUAUUUAAUGCACACUCGUUUCAUAGGUGUUGUAAUUAUUUUUAGUAAUUUAGUUUUUUCUUAAGCCAAUUUUUAUAAUUCAUAGGACUUUAGGACUUUAGUUAAAAUAUCGUAGUCGAGUAAAAGCACCUUUUCACUGUGCUUUCAAUAUCUUUCAUGUAAUGAGAACUUAAUGUUUAGUGAAUACUGUAUUUAAAUGUUUUUGUAAAUCUAUCGAAAAUUGUGUUAGUAAAUAUUACAGGCAUUUGGUACUGUUGGCCUUUGUUCACAAGUAAUA